CUGUGUGGACUUGCUACCCCGUGUGUGUGUGUGUGUGUGUGUGUGUGUGUGUGUGCGAGUGUGUGUGUGUAUGUGUGUGUGUUUGUUACCUUGCACAGGUAGAAGGUGAGGUCUUUCCAGUGCACUCACCUGAAACUUGCGUUACCUGCUCCUGCAUCCGGAUUAGCAGCUCUGAAAGUGCACUAAUAGUAUCACUAAUCUCGGAUACUGUGUUGUUCAGCUGCAGUUGUGCUUUUAUUCCCGCGGUUUGGAUUUACAUGAACAUUUCUGGAGGUUUUGUUGCACUGAAAGCUGAACUGCGUCUACAGGAUGAGGCUAGAGGUGCUAGAGUGCUGCACUGGAUCUCACUUUGCACUGUUAUAGUUGGACACUGAGGAGAGAUUUGAGCGAUGAGAGAAAUAUGGAGAGCAGAAAGAAGCAGCGCUGCAUGCUGGGAGCUGAACAGCAGACUCAACGACUCCAAAAGCAGAGGCUCUCAACACAUGGUGAGGUGCAGAAGCUCAGCCCUGUGUGGAACAGCUCUCACUCUGUCAGAGUGGAACAGGAGCAGAUUCAGAAGAGGACCUUCACCAACUGGGUGAAUGCCCAGCUGUCAAAGAGGAGUCCCCCAGUGACUGUGCUGGACCUGUUCAACGAUUUCAGGGAUGGAGCCAGACUGCUGGAUCUGCUGGAGGUCAUGUGUGGACAGAGAAUGAGUCGGGAGAAAGGUAAAGGGAUGUUCCAGCACAGAGCGCACAUCGAGAAAGGCCUGGCAUUCCUCAGGAAGAAGUCGAUAAAACUGGUCAACAUUAACGUUUCUGACAUCAUGGACGGCAAACCUUCCAUCAUCCUGGGACUGAUAUGGACAAUCAUCAUGCACUUCCAUAUUGAAGAGCUGGCCAGCACGUUGUCCUUCAGUUCUCGUCAAUCAUCUUUGGAGUCUCUGGCCAGUCUGGACACCUAUUCGAACAGCAGUAGUGCCCGCAGCAGCCCAGUACCACCUCGCGGUGAAGCACUGCACACACGCUUCCGGAUCUCUGCCAAGAAAGCCCUGCUGCUGUGGGUCAGAGAGCAGUGCCACAAGGCUGGCUGUACGCUGAACGUAAAGGAUUUUAAGGCUAGUUGGAGGAGUGGUGUGGUAUUCUUGGCUAUCCUCGCUGCUCUGAGACCAGACCUGGUUGACCUUUCCAAAGCCAGAAGCAGAACCAACAGGCAGAAUCUGGAGGAGGCUUUCCGUAUCGCUGAGAGAGAACUACGUGUCCCAAGACUUUUGGACCCAGCAGAUGUUGAUGUGAGAGACCCAGAUGAAAAGUCCAUCAUGACCUACGUGGCUCAGUUUCUGCAGUACUCCAAAGACACACCUGUUGAUGAAGAGAUGCAGGGUCAGUAUAUUCCUCCAGCAGAGUGUCUUUCUCCUGUCAACCUGCCCAGCAACUUUACCCCUGCUAUCGCCACCUCUCCUCUCCGACAGACGUCCUCCCAUCAGAAAGCGAAGGAAGUGACCUGCUGGCUGGAGCAGGCAUAUCAGGAGCUGCUGGAGGGAUGGGACUCCACUGAGGGUGAAAGCUAUGCAGAGAGAUAUCAUGUCUUCCAGACGUUCGUGGUGUCCUUUAACGAGCAGCGGCGGCCUGUGAUGCCGUUCCUUACAGCGAUGAAGCGAACACCUCGUCUGAGUGAGGAGCAGAGAGAACUCAGGCAUGCCUGGGAUUCCCUCGCCGAAAAGCUGCGUGAGUAUAAGGCCGAGCUGGAUCUGAGUCUGCCGGCUCCGCUGGACUCUGUGGGCCUCUGGUUACGGAGGGUAGAGGAGGCUUUAGCAGACGGUGAGGACGAUACUCAGGACCACGGCCGCGCUGCACAGGACGCUCGAGACAAACAAGAGCUGCUUAAGGUGUGUGUAGAUGAGAUGCCCCACCACAUGAAGACCUUCCAGGUUUUCCAGAACAUGGAUGAAUAUGGAGAGAUGCUGGUUCCCACAGACAAACUGGAGGAGAUGAAGAGAAGGUUCACGAGCGUGCGUGUGAGCGCCAAGUACCACGGUAUAACACUGGAGUACCAGGAGCACAGACACACAGUGCUAGAUCUGCUGUCUCAGCUCAAAAUCAAGCUGCGUGCAUGGAAGAGGGCCUACAUUUCCCAGGAGGCUGUGCGGUUCCUGAUUCAUGACUGGAAUGAGACCGUGCAUAAGCAGGAACUACCGUCUUUGCUGGAAGGAGCUCUUUACAAACUGAAGCACAGUGCCAGUAAAUACACCAGCAAGUCUGCUCUGGCUGGCGACUCUAGUAAUGUGAAUCGUCAGGUGAAGGAUUUGGAGGCAGAGACUGCUAGGAUACUCCAGGACAUGAAGAUGGUGAAAGGCACUAUGGGACGCGUGUUGGCAGCCUGGGAUUCCUACUCAGACACCUACAGUUCUCUACACGCUUGGCUGGAGCAGGGAACUCAAACCAGCCGACACGGACAUCGAACUGAAGUGACGACGGGGAUGAUGUCAGAGUGGAGCUCUCGCCAGGCUCAUCUGAACGAAGUUGGAAACUACCUGACGGAGAUCACGGACACGCAAACCAGCCGCUCACUUUCUGAUGACCUCUGCAGGAUCAAUCUGAUGUGGGCCGACUUCGCCAGGAGGAUGCAGUUUGAUCUUGUUGAAGAGUCCAGUUUGGCUCCUGCAGUUCCUCAGACUCUGCAGUGUUUGGUCAGAGAGUCCAAUCAGCUUCUGAAGGAACCAGUGGAGGUGUUAUCAGGCUCACUUCGCACUUACAGAAAGAGGCUACAGUUCAUGAUGAACAAAAUAAAGGACGUUGACCUGGACUCCAUCUCUCCAUCUCAUGAGUGCUCUGCUGAAACUCUGAACAAACUCAAGCAGGCCAUUCCUGAGGUGUUGCAGACACUGUGUGAGGCCAUGCAGGUGUGUGAGGAGCUGCAGCAGAGCGUGAGUGGUCUGGAUGGGCGUCUAGCUGAACUUCUGCACUGGGAGGCUGAAGCCAGAGAGUUUUAUCAGCUCCUGAAGGAAAGAGCGCACAAACAUCAAAGAGGGCAAGAUGCCAGAACCCGGUUUCUGAUUUCUCGAGGCCUUCAGCUAGAAGGUCAAGUGGUGAUGGAGGAACAAGACCUGCAAGUGAUGGUGAUGUCAGGCCAGAAAAGCUCACCUCUACAGUACCUCAUCGCCUCAACCAUGCAGGACAGGGUUCGUGCCGCUGUCGUACAAUCCCAGGAAGCUGUUGGGAUGCUCAGUUCCUUGGGAGCUCGUAGAGAGAGAAGCCCUACAGGUCGUCAACCUCCUCAAAAGAUCUUUGUCCAGGAGAAAGAGACAGAGAACCAACAGCCUCAAACAAGCAGCACAACCCAGCCAAUGUCCACAUGUGAAAGUGCAGACCAAGCAGACUCCCAGCCAUCGGUCAAGCCAAAGUCUCUUCGGCCAUCCCAGCAAAGUGACCAAGUUGCAGUUCCAAAAACUCAACCUCAGGCUCAGCCUGUGCCCAUGAUUGUGGUGCAAGAAUACCAAGAGGAGAAGAUGAGUUCUUCUCCACAAGCUUACACUCAAACUCUGUCUCAAGUGCUGUCUCAAGAGACAAUGAAAGAGCCUCAACAUCAGGGUGUAUCUAAGGGCCAUGGCCAAUCACAGCCACUGGCCAAAGAUCAGGCAACAGCAUCACAACCACAGCAACAGAAUAAAGCUCAGUCGGCACAGCAGGACAUCCAGCAACAAACUCAACAAGGCCAACAGGGUCAACAGCAGCACAUGCAAGUGCAGCAACAGGGUGCAACCCAACAGCAGCCUCCCUCCCAGCAGCCAGUUAAACUACGGAAGUCUCAGGCACGUUCAGAGAAUAGACCUUGGCUUCAGAAGAAGGUUCAAGCUGAGGUUUUGCCCUCUGCACAUCCAGGGACUGAACCAAAGGACAAGAGUACAGUGGUUUCUGAAGCACAGUCACAGUCCACAGUGUCUUCCACAGUUGUCACACCUGACUCAAGUCAAGCUCAAGCCAAGAUGGCUUGUCAGACACAAGCCAAACUGAGUGAAGUUCAGCAUCAACAGGCUAUCACAAAACCAAGAGCGGGUCAAAUCGAACAACAGCAACCUGUGUCUCAACCCAAAGUAGUGAGCCAGGUCCAGCAUCAACAGCUGGUGAAACAAAACGAACUGGUUCAGGUCCAGCAACAGCAAUCUGUGAUGCAACCCAAAGUAAGCCAAGUACAACAACAUCAACCUUCAACCCAGAUGCCACCAAAAGCGCAUCCUCAAGCUAUGACAUCAGCAAAGCCACACAAACAACCUCAACCUAUGAUGGCAAGUCCAGUACAAGUGGUUACUCAACAGCAUCCAUUACCACAGGCUUUCACAGCAACUCAGCCACCAACUGUGUCCCAGAAGAAACCAGAACCACAAACAGCACAGCAAGCCCAACCACAAACCAUGUCUCCAGUUCAUCCACAAGUCAUGACCCAAAGGCAACCACAACCCAUGGUUCAAGCUCAGCUCCCAGUUACGUCUAAAACUCAGCAACAACGGAUGGAAAUGGGGGAAGCACAGCAAACCAUGACCCACAUUGAACGGCUUCCUUCAGUACCCAUGCAACCUCCGAUUAUGGCCCAGGGUCAACCAAGACAUCCUGUUCCUCAGGAUCAGCCCAGAAGGACAGCCCCUAUUCAACCUCGAAUCAUCACCAUGCCUCAGGGUCCGCCACAAGCUCAAAUAAUGGGUAUGGGUCAACCUCAAGCCAAUUUUCAGCCUCAUCUACACAGUAUUGCACGACCACAGAUGCAACCAAAGGUCCAGCAUCCACAGUGGAGGCCAGUUGCCCCUGAGGUAGUCGCUCAGUCAAGUUAUCAUGAGGUCCAGGCUCAGGGACUAAUGCAAGCCCAAAUGUAUCCACAAAGCCAUCCACAAUUUCAAGGUGUCCCACAAAUGCAAGCACCACCUCAGCAAUGGUGCUCAUCAGUAGGAGGACCUUCAGCGACCCAGACUUACUCCAAUGUGCAGAGUUCAAGUCAGGUGCAAGUUCAGUCUCAGAUGUACCAGAGUGUUCAAAUGCAAACUCCGCAGUGGGGCCCUCAGAGACCCGAACCAUUGGCACCUCCUUACGUACAAAUGAGACCUCAAAUCCCAGUCCAACCAAUUGCUCCUUCCCAACACUGGAGACCAAUCAGACCUGAGGUGAUCAGCCAUAGUUACCAGAGGGUUCCAACUCCAGACCAGGGACCUGUAUCUCAGUAUUCACCUGCUCAACAUCAGGCACAUCCGAGACCUCAAAGCCCUCCUCAGAACUGGGGGCCAAUCCAUCCGGAGCCUAAAUCCCAAGUUCGUUCUCAGAAAACGGUUCCAAAAGUCUCUCAACAACAAGUGACUCACCAGCCACUGGCGCCACCACCUCCACCAUCUCAACCCCCAGUAAGAUCCCAAGGUCCUGGUCCACAGCAGUCUCAAGGUCCUGCACCACAGCAGCCCCAAGGUCCUGCACCACAGCAGCCCCAAGGUCCUGCACCACAGCAGCCCCAAGGUCCUGCUCCACAGCAGCCCCAAGGUCCUGCACCACAGCAGCCCCAAGGUCCUGCUCCACAGCAGCCCCAAGGUCCUGCUCCACAGCAGCCCCAAGCUCGGCAGCAACAGCUGGCACAAAACAAAGCUGAAGCUCCUCCUCAAGUUCAAAUUCAAGUUCAAAGCCAAACUCCACAGACACAACCUCAAGUUCAGGCUUCACCAAAGCCACAAUCCUCACUACCGGAGCAGACCCCACAGUCAGCUCCUUGGGUCAAAGCACCAGCACUGGCCCAGGCUCCUCCUCAGGCUUACACGGAGGCUUACGCUAAAGCACAAGCCCUGGCCAGGAACAGGUUCGAGGAGGCCAAGCAUUGUCUGCAAGAACAUAUUCUAGAAGCGAUCAACGUAUUCAAGGACAAGAAGAUAACUGACGAGCAGGCAUUGGUCAAAGAAGAAACCUUAAAAGGCCUGGACGCUGAGCUUCUGGAUCAGUUCCUGCGAGCUGCUGAAGGAAUGGAGGCCUUCUGCACCCCGUCUCAGCUCCGGGACAUGGAGUUCUUUGCUCAGUCUGUCAGAACACAGUGGGAGGCUAUUCAGAUUGAAAUGUCAGGAUUUGUGGGGCAGCUCAGAUUCCAGAUAAAGCUUCUGCACUUUAACUCCAUUGCACGGCAGUGUGAGAUACACUUUAACAACAAGAAACCCAACUCUAGAUCUGACUCCAGAUCAGUGCAAGCUGGAGAGGCCUGUUUUUCUGCUGAUGGCAGUUUAGUUGUGGCUGGGCAUAAGUUGGAAGCUCUGAAGGAUCUUUGUGAUACCCUGAGCCCAGAGGAUGCCCACAGGCUGGCACAAGCUCAGCUCCGCGAGUGUGAGAAAAGACUCGCUGCCAUCCAGCGGCAGUUCAGCGGAGACCAGGACACUCCAAUGCCGGGUGCUGGAAGUGUUCUUGUGGAACAGAUGAAAGAGUCUUCACCACAGAACAUAUCCACAGCUUCUGUGGAGAAAGCUUCAGAAACGACCAGUCCAGAGGCUUCUCCAGUCUCAACCCAGAGGCCCAAACCCACGGAUAAGAAGGAGAUAAUAAAGCAGACGAGUACAGAGGAGGACAGGUACAGAAGCUCCAGAUUUGCCCUUCAAGCUCAGCUCAACAGGAACGAGCAGAGCAUGCUGGGAGAUCGGCCUUCAGAAUCAGCCACCGACCUCAGAAAACAGCUCAGAGAAUUAAAGGCUCUGAGGGAUGAGACCGAGUCUCUGUGGUCGGAGUAUGAGGUGCAGUGCUCCCAGUGCGUCCAGUUUAAUGAGAGGGGGGUGGAACAGGACCGAGCCGAGCUCACAGUCAAGUGUAGAGAACAGAGAGCUCAGCUUCAGAGCAGGGUUGAUUCUCUGGGUUCUGCUCUGGACCUCAUGGAUUCUAUAGAGCACCACAUUGCCGAGAUUUCGGAGCACCUUGAUAAGUUCAUCAAAGAACCCAAAGAUGUAAAAGGAUACACGCUGAUCAACACCAACCUCCUCAAAGAUGUUAAGGACUUGGACGAGAGUAUCCAGGCGCAGAUGGAUCGUCUGGCACGUUUCGACUCGGAGCCCAGUAACCUGGACCUGCGGGACCGCUCCUCCCUGACCCAGGUAGUGCUGUCCCACCGCUCCAGCCUGGACCGCCUCCGACAGCAGGUACGCAAAAGCGACGCCGCGGCCCGCGCCCUGGAGCGCUUCCUCAUGUCCCUGCGAACCGUGGACCAGGACAUCGCCUUCGUGCAGGGUGCCCCCUGCAGUGACGUGGCGGUACUGCAGGACAGCAGGGCUAAACUGGCUCUGAUCAGGAAAGGAGUGGGGAGCCUUAAGGACAAGGCUCCUCAGCUGGACAUGCUGCUGGGUGGAGCCAGGAUGGAGGUGACCAGAGAGGGGCAUGCAGUGUCCUGUCUGGACAUGGUGGGAGCGCUGGUGCAGCGGGCGGAGGACGCGGACGACCGGCUGAUGAUCCGACAGGAGGAGCUGAGGAAGGAGCAGCAGAGUCAGGGCCUCAGAGUGAGGAGGAAGAAUCUGCAGGCUGAGCUGAGGAAGGUGCUGGGAGCAGCAGAGAAACAGGGGCUGAAGGAGCCCACCAUGCCAGCCGUGCAGCAAAGGAUACGUGCCCUGUCUGAUUUGGAGACUCAGUUAAACGCCCUUCGCCCGGAGUACCAGAGCAUCAAGGGCAGUGUCUCUAAAGCUUCCCCAGAUACAGAGCAGACAACACGGGAAGCGGAUGAGCUGGACUCCCUGUGGGAGGAGACGGAGAGAGCUGUGACUGACAGACAAGAGCAGUGCAGGAGGUUACUGGAGCUACUGAAGAAGUUCCAGAGCUGCCGUAGUUACCUGGGCGGCACCCUCCAGAAGGCGGAGCAGACUGUGAGUGAGCAGGCCUCCUACAUGAGUAAAGACAGCCUGCAGCGCCUCGUGACCAAGGUUUGUGGAAUAAAGGAUGAUCUGAGCGGUCUGGGUCCGAGAAUGGAGGACUUUAGGAAUAUCUGCCGGCAGCUGCAGUCUCAGCUGAAGAAGAUCCCAGACUGUUCAGAAACUCCAUUUGAGACUGAGGCGGAUGCGCUGGUGGACUCCUGGCUGGAUAUUUCGGAGAAGACGGACGGCUGUAUGGACAACCUGCGUGUGGGUUUGGAGGUGUGGGAGAAGCAGCUGAUGCUGGGUGGGGAGGUGGAGGCCUGGGCCACUGCUAAACUCAACCUGUUCGCUCAGUCCCACACGUUUACCACUGAAACAGAGGUCCUGCAGAUGAAGGAGGAGAUCCAAACACAGGAGGAGAACAUUGAGCGUUUUCACAGGAAGUCCCUGGAGAUCCAGAACCUUUUACAGAGUAAAGAGUCUCCAUUGGAGCUACAGGUGAUGGAGACUGGUCUCAGGAAGAAGAUGGACGAGGUGAAGGAGGUGUUUGCCGGCUGCACAGACGUUUUCCAAGAGCUGCUGACAGUCCGAGCCCACCUGAUUCAGAGGAUUGAUGAGUGUCGAUCUGCCAUCCACAGAAUACAGGCCUCAGUGAGCGCAGUCACUGCAGACAAUACAGAUCAUCUGCACCAGCAGUUACAGGACCUUUCUGAUGAGCUUCUGGAUCAGAAGGACCAGGCAGACUCUCUGAUGAAGGAAAUCACUCUCAUGUCUAGCGUGACUGGACCUCAGGCCAUAGAGGAGCUGACCAAUGACUGCAAGCGUGUGAAAGACAGCAUCACAACAACCCAUGAGCUUAUUGGUCAGAAGAAAGAGCAGGAAGAGAAGAACAUUCUUGUUCAGUCUAUUAAAAAUGAGUGCCAGCUGUUUGAGGACUGGCUCCAGGAUGUGCAGCUCUCGGUGAACGAGUGCUUCGAGAACCCAGAGAGGAGGCAGGAUGUGGAGGUGUCUAUGCAGAGACUACAAGGUUUUCUGGCCUCUAAAGAAGGAGAACAGCGUCUCCUGCAGGUGAAGGAGAGCGUGGAGCGGAAGGGGCGGAUCCCUGCAGACCACCAGGCUCAGCUGAGCGUGUGGCAGCAGGAGCAGGAGGGCGAGAUGGCCACCCUCAGAGCUCACUGCCAGGGACGCCACAAACAACUACACGACAUCGUGCUCAAACUCGACAGCUUGCAAGAAGAGCAUGAUCAUCUCCAGGGCUGGUUGGAGCAGAAAGAGCAGAUUCCUGAGCAAAGAGAAAAACUCAGACAAGUUCAUGAGGACUUUCUCAAAGAAAGCGGUCGGGUCGAAGCCUUCAGUGACUUGCUGACCUCUGUGAGGUUGCGUGGUCUGAGAGGAGACCCUCUGCUGAAGAACAGUGAAGCCCUGAUCGACAGAUACCACAGUCUGGGGAUCCGUCUGGAAAACCAGGCCCAAGUCCACAAAGCCCUGGAGAAGGAGGUAGAAGACUUCUAUGCUCAGGAGGAGGGAAUCAGGGCCUGGAUUCGAGACUUGAAACAGGGUCUGGAUUCAGUACAUAAAGACGCUUCAGUAGAGGAGAAGCUCUGCCAGGCUCAGGCUGUUUUGAGACUGUCUGCUGAUGGCGACUCCAGACUGGCUUCUUUGAGUGAAGUACGAGAGAGUUUAUGUGCUCGUGAAGAACUGGAGGAGCAGCAGCUGCAGGAACUCACACUCAACCGCAGAAACGUAGAAGACGAGUGGAGAAGACUUCUGGAUUCUGCACAGCAGCUGAAGAACCAGGCCGAGCUCCAGGGCUCUCUGUUAAAGAAUUUGGAGGACCUGCAGGAGCAGGAGAGAAGGGUUCGGUCCUGGGUGCAGCAGCAGAAACAAAGUCUGGCCUGUCUGGACCGAGACACUCCGAACCAGGAGAUACACAGCAGUGUACAGGCUGUAUUAAACCUGCAACAUGAAGGUAACUCCAAGCUGGCAGCUCUGAGGAAAAGUGGGGAGAGCAUCAUUGCUCAUAAGGAAUUGGGCAGUGAGAAGAGGCUGGAGAUAGAGGAGAGUCAGAGAGAUCUGGAGCAGGAGUGGGAAAAGGUUCUGCAGGCUGCACAGGAGCUGAAGAUCCAGAGUGAACAGAAAGAUUCACUCUUAAAGGAGCUACAGCACUUCCAGAAUCAGGGAGAAGAUGCUCAAGUCUGGAUUAGAGAUCUGAAAAAGUCCUUGGAGUCUUUGGGGAGUGCCUGUCCAUUUGAAGAGCAACUUCACCAAGCUCAGGCUGUCUUAAACCAUGGAGCUGAAGGAGACUCUAAGCUGUCUGCUCUGAGGGAGAGCGGUGAGAGUGUAUGUGCACUAGAAGGCCUUGAAGAGGACAUCGGGCUGUCCGUCCGGCAGACACUGAUGGACGUACAGCAGGAGUGGGCUGGAGUUCUGGGGCUCGCUGAGAAGCUGAGGAGCAGAGCAAAGCUGCAGGACAACAUUGCAAAAGAGCUUCAGGAUUUUUUCUCUCAAGGUGAAAAUGUUCAAACGUGGGUGAAGAAGCAGCAGCAGAGGUUUGACUCGCUGGACAAAGACACUCCUGUACAGGAGAGGCUUAAUAUCUCACAGGCCAUCCUGGACCUGCAGUUAGAGGGAGACUCUAUGCUCGCUGCUCUGAGGAUGCGAGGAGAGAGUGUAUGUGUUCAUAGCAGCCUGGACGAGAGUCAAAGGCACUCCAUCCAUCAGACUGUAGGUGGCGUACAGGAGAAGUGGAGAAUGGUGCUGGAAAUUGCUGAAGAACUUCAAAAGCAGGCAGAGCUCCAGGAUUCUCUCGCCAAGGAGCUUCAAGCUUACCAGUCUCAGGAGGAGGACACACAGUCCUGGGUUGAGGAGAAGAAGCAAGAGUUGGGCUCGCUGGGCAAAAGUACACAUGGCACCCAGGAUCAGAUUAAGGAAAGACUCAACAAAGCUCAGGCGGUUCUAAGUCUUCGUUCUGAAGGGAAUGGUAAGAUUGCCUCCUUAAAAAGAGGAGCAGAGAGCCUGUGUGCUCGUAAAGACCUGGAUGAAGAAGUGAGACUCACGGUGCUCCGGAACCUGAAAUGCUUAGAAGAAAAUUGGAAAGGAGUACUGCAGCAUUCUCAAGAGCUCCACAGUCUUUUACGGAGUGUGGUGGAGCGGCUGGUUUCUUGUCAGUGUCAGAGGGAGCAGACCCAGUCUCGUUUAGAGCAGCUGAGAAAGCAGACGGAGGCGCUGCCCCGCUGCUUCCCCUGGCCUGGUUUAGGAGAGCGGAGGCACGCCGUGGAACAGGCCAGGACUCUGGUGGAGAAAGCAAGGUCUCUGACUCCCACUCUGUCCGCCCUGAGGGCCCUGGGGCGGGAGAUGAGCCAGCUCACACGGGACCCCAGCUGGUCCGACCCAACCUGGGCAGCCAUGGAGGAGAGCAUCCCGGGUUUAAUCAAAGAACUACUGGAGUUAAGUGAGAGUCUAGAAGAGGGCAUUCACACAGAGAGAGUCUGCGUUCAGCUGGUGGAGCAGCACAGCGCUGCUCAGGAUUGGCUGAGAGAACAAGUCAAAGGUUUUGGACCUCUGCCCACAGAUCGCCAAGGAUUACAAGGAUCCAUCAACACUUUAAAGGCUCUUCUCCAGACAGUGAAGAGGGAGGAAUGCGAGCUGAAAGAGCUGGACGUGGUCAAAGACUCUCUGAGCAGCCUGUGCACUCCUGGAGGUUGUGAUGCUCUGACUCUAGAGGUCAGUCAGCUCCAUGACCUGUGCGCCUCUUCAGAGAACGAGAUAACUGAAAGGCUUGCUGCGUGUCAGGCCAGGUUGGCUGACAUUGAUUUGAAGCUUGAGGGCAGGACACAGGGCCUCAGAGCGCAGGCAGAGGGCCUCCAGAACGAGCUCCGUGCUCAGGCCCACUGUCUGGAGUUUGGAGAAGGACACAGGACUAUUAGCCAGCUACAGGAAAGCUGGCAUAACUUUAAGAAUUGCGAGAAAGAACUUGAAGCUUUAGAAGGCAAAGUACGUGACCUUGGGCAGGAGCUCCGCAUGGUGCCCUCUGAUGAGGAUCUUCCAUCUGAUGUUAUAUCUCUUAUUGAUGCCGUAACUUUGCAGUACUGCAGUUUGCGGUCUAAGCUGUUAGAAAGACAGAAUGACUGCGCUGAUAGUGUGGUGCACUGCGUGAGAGAGGCACUACAUGCUCUUAAUGCCUGGAACCAAUCAGAACAGCCUUCCUCAGACUCCGCCUCCGCUCUGCAGGCUAUGAUAGAGGAGGGUGCAAGACUGCAUAAGAGCCUACAGGUGGCAGUGUCUCACAAGCAGCUACUCAGAGACUGCCUCGGUCCAGAAUUGGCUGGUAAGCUGGAGAGAGACAGUGCGACUGCAUUAAAGGAUGCUGACUCUCUCAUUACUGAACUAAAGCAGAGGAUGAAGGAUCUUGAAGAGAAGAUCCAAUUUGAAGCUCUUAGAUUAUCAAUGGAAACUCGAAACCAGUUGGACUCACAGGUUUCUUCGAAGAGCCACACCACCACUGAUCCUACCUCAAAAACUGAGAUUUUUCAGACAAAGCAAACUUUUACAACAAUUAUAGUGACUCAAGAUAGUAAGAAGACUGAUGAAACCUCAGUGGUUCAAGCCUUUGAACCUCUGCAGAAAGAAGACGCUUCAAUGGUUGAAAAGACUCUAGAAAAGACAGAUUUACCACACCAGGUUAGCACACCAGGAGUCAGUGAGACUUCCCUACCUGUAAGUGUCUCUGAAACAAGUGAAGAAGAAGAUGAGUGGGUUAUUGUGGAGCCUGAGAAGCAUCAAGAUGUUGUUGACAAGAUACAAGUUGACUUGUCUGAGCGACCCGAGGAACUCCAUGGCUUUGAGAUACUGGCAGAUGAGCUACACAAGCAGUUUGCUGGAUCUGAAAAUCCAGAAGCAGACACUAUUGAGGAAAGUAAGGUUUGUGAUGAUUCUCUUGGAUUAGCAGAACAUCAGUCUGAAGAGUUGGUUGAGUCUAUCUCUGCAUCCAUGGAUGUACCCCAGCAACCACCUCUGGAAAGUGAUGAAACUGCUAUGCUUCAACCUGUUAAAACGCUACACAAAGAGAUUUCUAUGUCAUUUACUGAAGAAAUUGUGACAGAACAUCCACCGAAAACAGAGAUGGAGGCCUAUCAGGGUGAACCCAAAACUGCUGGUCUACCAAAAAGUACCACCUUCUCAUCUGCAACAAGUAAGCUUCUAGAAACAGAAGUUAAUGAAUCUGCCUUGCCUCCACAAAGUCCCACAGAAGAUGACUUUGGUAAAACACAUGAGAAUUUGGAGGCAUCUUUGGAAUCUGUUGGUCCAAAACCAGAGAUGGUUGAAUAUGGGUCACAUACUGAAACUGUCAUAUUAGUUUCAUCCCAAGAGAAAAUCGAUUCUGACCUAAUUGAGGUGGGAAAAUCAUCUAAAGCUCUGCAAACAGAGACUCCCAUAGGACUUGCUAACAAGACUUCUGAAGAAAUUGAUGCUUCUGUAGCAAAACAACCACUGGUACCAUCAGAAACUGAUGCCCACCUAAGCAAAUCUGAGACAGAAUCAUGUUUGCCAUCCACAGUUUUGACAGUGUCAUCUGAAGUACUAACAGAGAUCAGUAAAUCCACCCUCCACCAUGUAAGGGACUCUCCAACAUGUGAAGAAGAGAUCAACACUUCAAAGUUCUUGAAAUCUAAAGGUCAGGCAGAUUCUAGGGACAGUCAGCUUGUCUUAAAAUCUGACACAGAGAUCAAAAUAUCUGAUGGGACAUAUCCAUAUAUUCCUGAUGCCACCGAACACAUGGAUGGGGACAAUAAAGUGCCAAGAAAGAAAGUUGCCUCACUUGUUCUUGAUACUGACAGUGUACACAUUCAUACUACAGAGGUCAUGGCCUCAACUGACCCCAAUACAUUAAGAAUAGUUUCAGGUGCAGCCACCGGCUUUGAUAUCACCUUGUCUGAACCAGUAGUAAGCUGUAACACUGGUGGUUCUAAAGAAACUGAGGAACCACAGGUAGCAGAAGAAGAUGCAGCAAAGGAACGUGAUAUCUGCUUGGGUAAACCAGGGCAAGAAAAUGUGGCCCAGAUUGUGGCUGCAAGCACUGAGUCUGUAAGUCAGUUGCAAGCAGUGGACCCAGCUGAUGAAGUCGCUUAUGAACCUUCAGUAUUCGUUACAAACAAAACCCAAGAGAUACAAGAGACAACAGCCCCCACAGUUGUUGGAACCUUGAGUAGGACCAAUGGACCAAAUGCUAGACGUCAAGACAGAGAGGAAACUGGAAGAUGGACAACAGACAACGGUCCACACGAAGCUCAUAGAGUGAUAGAGCCACUUGGAUUGACAGACUGGACUAAUAAUGGCCCUCGCGAGAUUCAACAAAGAUAUAUUAUUCUGGACCAACGAGAAGCUGUACAGAUAGAUGGAGAACCAGCUGCAGAGGCAGAAAUACUGACAUUAGGUGCAAGAGAGCCUGAAGGAGGUGAAGAAGUUGAAGUAUCAGAACCUGCAGUUUCAGGAAAAGAGUCCGGUGAAGAGUUUGUUGAAACUGAAGUCAAGGAAUGUCAAGAAUCAAGAAAGGAACAAGCUGAGACUAUAGAAGCAAUAUUGGCUCCACCAGUUAGAAGAAAACGAGAUUCUGUGCCAAGUGAGAAGUUGUUUGCGUCAACAUCUGUAGCGAUUGAUGACAAGACAAAGAGAACAGUGGAUCUAGGUGAUGAAUUGCCGACAGUGUCUGAGUCUGAGCAGAGACCUAGCCAACCACAAACCAGUCACCAAGAGGAGGAUGAUAGGUUUGCAGUCAGUUUAGAGAACCAACCUGAGGUGGUAGGUGUUCCUUCUGUUCCAUCUAUUCAGGUUUCUUCUUUGGAAGUUCUCCCAACUCCACCAAGCAGAAGGCGUAAAGACAAGUUAGGAGGUGAACGGAUGUCACUGGAUCUUGAUUCCCAGCCAACUCCACCAGCAAGAAGACGAAAAGAGAAGGGAGAUGAUAGAAGAUAUUCACUUGACCUGGAAGCCAGUCCAAAACCACCAUCCAGAAGACAGAAAGACCUCACCAGUUUAGAACUGAAGAAAAGCAUGGAGAAAGCGAGCUUCGAGGACCUUGUUGUAAAGCCAACUCCACCAGUCAGGAGAAAAGCAAGUCGAGUUGAGAUUGAUACUAUUUCCCUCACUUCUGAAACUGAAGAUCUGGAAUAUCUGGUGAAACCCACACCCCCAGUAAGAAGGCGAAAUAGCAGAGUUAUGAGUGAUCAGGAAAAGGGAAUGUCUCUUAUAAAGCCCACUCCACCGGUGAGACGAAAAAUCAGUCGAGCUGGAAGUGAAAUUUCACUUGCUUCCAGACAUGAAAUGGAGGAAGAGGCAUUGGUGAGACCCACCCCUCCAGUAAGAAGGAGAAAUAGCAGAAUUGAAAUUGACACUUCAAUUCCUAUGUUCCAGCUUCAAGAGAGCUUAAUUAAACCAACACCUCCUCUAAGACGAAAAGAACAAAGAACAGAAAGUGAGAAAGUGCUGACAGUUGAGAUCCCAAAACCUGAAGAGGCCAUACCUGAACAGGCCCCACCAAAGAGGGAAGGUAUGGAUAUAACUGAUGUUGAUAUGGCUCCAAAACUAGAGGAAUCAUCAAUCAAGCCAAGUCCACCAAACAGGCGAAAGAAAGAUACCACUAAUAUUGAAGAGUCUGCAAUGCUGAAAGAACCAUCGUCCAAACCAAGUCCACCAAACCGGCAAAAGAAAGAGAAAACUGAUGUUGAAGUGUCUUCAGUUUUGGAAGAACCAUCGACCAAACCAAGUCCACCAAUCAAACCAAGUGAAUAUAAAACUGAUGUUGAAAUAUCUCCAAUGCUGGAGGAGCCAUUGGUCAAACCAAGUCCACCAAGCAGGCAAAAGAAAGAUUCAACUAAUCUUGAACUGGCUGCAAUUCUAGAAGAACCAUUGGUUAAAACAAGUCAACCAAUCAGGCAAAGUAAAGAUGAAGGUGAUCUUACAGCAGCUACAAUGCUUGAAGAACCAUCGAUUAUACCAAGUCUACCAAACAGGAGAAAGAAAAUUACAGCUGAUGUUGAAGUGUCUACAAUGCUUGAAGAACCAUCAAUCAAACCAAGUGUACCAAGCAGUCAAAAGAAUGAUCAAACUGAUGUUAAAGGAGCUUCAAUGUUUGAAGAUCCGUUGGUUGAACCGAGUCAACCAAACAGGCAAAGUCAAGAUAAAACUGAUGGUGAAGUGGUUCCAAUGCUAGAAGAACCAUCGGUCAAACCAAGUCCACCAAGCAGGCGAAAGAAAGACAUAACUGAUAUUGAAGUGUCUCUACAGCUGGAAGAACAAUUGGUUGAACCAGGUCAACCAAUCAGGCACAGUGAAGAUUAUUCUGAUGUUGAAGCAUCUUCAAUGUUGCAAGAACCAUCGAUUAUACCAAGUCCACCAAACAGGCGAAAGAAAGUUACAACUGAUCCUGAAAUGGCUUCAGUGUUAGAAGAACCAUCAAUCAAACCAAGUCCACCAAUAAGGCAAAGUGAAGAUGAAACUGGUGGUGUAGUAGCUCCAAAGCGAGAGAAACCAUUGGUUGAACCAGAUCAAUCAAGCAGGCAAAGUGAAGAUAAAGCUGAUGUUGAAGCAUCUCCAAUAUUGGAAGAACCAUUGACUAAACCAAGUCCAUCGUUCAGGCCAAGUGAAUAUAAAACUGAUGUUGUAGUAUCUCCAGUGCAAGAAGAACCAUUGAUUGAACCAAGUCCGCAAAACAGGCGGACAGAAAAGACCGAAACUUUCGAGGUCCAAACCAUCAGUAAACAAGAAGAUGAAGAGAAGAUAGAACAUGUAGAAGAAUGUUACAUAAGUCAGGAACAGCCUGAGAAAGGACUUGUUUCUGCUGAUGUAGAAUCCACAGGGAUCUUGAUGCGUACUGAAGGCAGCAGCUUGGUUCAGGAGCUGGUACAAAAUAUAGAUCAGUCAGAAACCCCUGCUCAAGAGAGCUCAAUCUCCAGAACUGAGAGUCAGGCACCAGUGCCCAAAGAAGAAGAAGAGGAAGAAGAGCCACUUGGUCCAACAAUGAAGGAGAUCUUCACUGAAAUUAAGAAGAUGUCCAAGACAGGACCAAACAGCUUGUUAAUUGAGACCAGGCCUUAUGAAGAUGCUCUGGACAUUCUGGACACUUCUCUUGUCGACCUCGAGGGACAGCUGAACAGACUGGUGAUCCGUAUUCUGAGUUGUCGCAACCUCCCAGCAGUGCUCAACCCCACGGACAUGGCCAAACAAGUAGAGGAAGCAGAGCAUUGCAGACAGAGUGCUCAGAAGCAGAUCUCCUCCAUCUCAAAGCAAGACCAAGCCAACGGUGAUGUUGGCAUUAUUGCUAAUGGCUCAGCUUAUGACCCUGAGUCCAUGCAGCGACUGAGUUGCCAGUGGACAGCAGCACUGUGGGAUGCAGUUGGUACUGUCCACUCCAAGGAGGCACAGCUACAGCUGGUUAUUGAUUAUGACAGACAGACGCAGAAAGCCCAAGUAACUUUUGAAAAGUUGUCAGCUGAACUGGUGGCCUUGAGGAUCUGCCCAGUUGAAAGUAGCUUUGUCGAGGAGCAGAGAUUGCGUUCUUUCCUGAGGACUAUGGAACAGGAGAGAACAGUUCUGGGGGAACUAAUUCAGACACAUUCCCAACUAUCACCCUACCUCAGCUCCCCUGAGAAAGCCUCAGCUCAAGCCCAGGUGAACAGAACACAGCGUGACUGGAGAGAGCUGGAAAGAUCUGUGGAAAAAACUCUUCAUAAUGUCAGCGCCUAUACCAAAGAGAGUUUUGGCCUUCUUGAUGAAAUCAACACCUUAAAGGACCACCUAGAGAACCUUCGUAAGAUCUUGGGACCAUUCCAGAAGUCCUCUGUUAAUUGGGACAGGAACAGGGCUGAAGAUUUGAUUGAACUCAGUGCAGACUUCACUGCUGCACAGCAGAGCUAUUUCCACCUUAAACAACGUUCUGAUGCCCUCUCUCAAGGCUUGACCUUCAAGACGGAGAUGUGCAGGUUAGAGCAAAACCUACAGAGUGUCAAGGAUAAGCUGGAUCUGAUAGGUGAGCAGUUGGCGUCAUCUUCUUCUUCAGUCUUGAAAAGCAGCAACCCUACCAUGGGUAAAAUUGUCAAGGUGAUAACAGACGCACUGGCUUGGGCCAAACAGACUGAACGCGACAUCGAAGGUAGGAAAAGGAAGGUAUCUCUGUUUCCAGAGGAGGUCCAUCGACAAAUCAAGGACUUGAAGAAGCUGCAGUCUGAGAUGAACCUGAAGAGGAGCCAGUUACAGGCUCUAACUGAGGAAGUAGCAGAGUUGAUCCCUGAGCUUGAUCAAGAUGAUGUUCCAAUGAUAACGACAUUCUUGGAAGAGCUGAACGGUCUGUCCAAGUCAACGGCAAAGAAACUGGACAGUUCCUUGGACGAGAUAGAGUCGAGUCUACAGACUCGGGAGAAGAUAUCGGAGAAUAUAGCAGAUGUGGCAUCUUGGAUUCUGGGGCAUCUACAGAGCGAGGCUUUAAGGAGGGAAGAUUACCAGAGUUUCAGUGCUGCAGAUCUUGAUCGAAGGUUAAGGCAGAGUCAGGAAACUCUAGUUGAGGCAGAAAAGCAGUCUGCAGUUGCCGAGGCUCUACUGAUGAAGAGUAAGGACAUCGCCUCGGAGCUUAGCAUUUCAGAGAACGCCUGGCUAAGCAAGGCACUCACCAAGCUUCAAGAGGACAUAAAGGAGGCCAUCAGCUAUGAGAAAUAUUGCAGCCAAGAGAUAACAGACCUCUUGCAGAAUCAAGAUUCCUCUCAGAAGAAAGUGACUUCUAUAGAGAACAACCUGCGACAAAUAACGGUAGAGAUCAAAGACCACCGAUUUCCCAUUACCAAGAACUCGCUGUCCAGUCUUGAGCCAUUCAAGCACACAAUCAUAGAGCACAAGUGCCAGAUGGAGCAAGUGAACCCAUGUCCAGAAGACAAGAGGAGAGAGCUGCUGGGCGUGAUCUCCGAGCUCCACCAUAAAAUGAAGGCUUUGGAUACUAAAGCCCAAAGCCACGAAAGGUUUCUCAGCCUCAGGCAACGUGUGGAAGAUCUCAGAGAAAAUAUAGAGGUCCAAGUUCCCAAAACCAAAGACGAAAGCAUUGACAAAGAGGAGCGAUACAAAACAUGUCAAGCUCUGCUCACCCAGCUCCUCUUCAUCAAACCUCUGUGCAAAGAAACGUCGGAUGAGCUAGAGAACAUCUCUCCAGACCUUUACCCAUCUCAGCUAUCUGCUGAGCAAAAGAGACUCAAACAGAACCUUGAUAGUCUUAACACCUGGGAGAUGACUAUCCAAAAUAACCUUCAGAUUGUGGAAUGGGAAAUUCUAAAAGGAGUGCAUUACCCCUCCGAGCAAAGAGCAGUGCGAGAUUUUCUCGAGGAGACAAAUUUGGUACUGGAGAAGCCUUGCUGGGUGGAGCCUAAGCAGGAAGAUAUUGACAGAGAACUCAGGAAGUGCCUUAAUAUUAGGAAGAACGUUGAGGCUAGAAUGAGGGUUCUGGAAGUUCUGGAAAAGAAGAAAGGAAUUGGACAUAUACAGUCUCAAAAGUCCAAAAACCUUGCAGAAUUGGCCAACAAUGUCUUGGACAACUGUGACCAAAGAAUGAACGAUCUAUCAAAGGCGAUGAAGUUGUUGAAAAACUAUUCCACAGUGGUCACCAGCACCAUCCGAUUCCUCCAGGAAGCUGAGUCAGUUAUCCUCCCAUCUCUCUGCUCAGCCAGGAGCUGUUCAGAAAGGCUGAAGGACAUCCAACAGGCCUUGUCAGCUUUGGACACGGAGUUUCAAUCCCAUGUCGCCAAGCUUCAGGACCUCGCCCCCUUCAGCUCCAUAUUUCCCAAAGAGAAAUCAGAACUUCUUCAUAUUGAGAUUCUGAGCCACCUCUUGGUUAGAGAGUCUACAGUAAAGGCCCAAGCCCAGCUCAGGCUUGAAGCUUUAGAGAGGUGUGUUAACUGCCAAAGAAGCGUCCGUGCAUGCUAUGAAGAGUUAUGCCAAAGAGUGCGGGACUCUGAAACAAGCCUGGCUGAAUGUGCUUCUAAAAAAAUCGCAUCUCAGAAGGACUGCGCCGAGCAGCAGGAAAUAUUGAGGACUCUAGUGGAGGAAGUAGACACCCUGCCUGGCAGACUGGACGAGCUGAAAGAGUGGUGUCCAGUGCAGGGUUGCAGUACCAACAGGGAGGAUGCUGUGAGCGCCCUCUGGGGGCAGGUGGCGAAACUGCAGAGAUGUGCCAGAAGUCUAGGGGCACACUCGGAACAGAGAGGAGAGGAAUGGAAAGGAAUUACAAAGAAUAUGGAGCAAGCUUCCCUGGUUCUGGAGCAGAUGGAGGCUGAGUUGCCGGAGCUCAACAGAGGAAAGGCUACAGGGGAGGAGCUUCAGGAGCUGCUGCAAUUCUGGUCGCAGUACCACGACAGCUUGGACUGCCAACACCGAGCACUGUCUGCACUGGAAUUGCGUGUGGCUAGACUGUUGGGAGUCCCCUCCCAUUUGGAGCAAGCCCCGCCCAUUCCACUCUGCCAACAGCUGCAAAACAUGCAGGAACGCUAUCGCAGUCUGAAGGAGCGGAGUUCCCGCGGUCGGAAGGCGGUGCAGGCAGAGAUGGAGGAGAGGGAGAAGGUGCGUGAGGAGCUGCAGGGGGUCAGGGAUUGGCUUGUGGCGGCAGUGACUCUGCUGUCAGCUAUGGAACAUGCUCCCAGCACCAAACAACUACAGGAGGUUCACUCUGAGCUGUGCACCCAGAAGGCCGUUCUGCAGCGCAUCAUGGAGGGGUUAAGGAUGAAGUACUCGGACAUGUACAUGCUGGUGCCUGUUGAGAUUGAGGGCCCGCUACAGGAAGUCUCAGUGUCACUCCAGCAAGUGGAGGAGCAGGUGGAGGAGGCGGUGGAGAGGAGUGGUCCGCUGCACAGGCUGGACGCCAGGCUCUCUGAGAUCAGAGCCGGGCUGGAGUCUGUACAGAUCAGACUGGAGCAAAAGAGUCCCAGCAUUCCAGAGGCUGAGAUCACACAGAAGCGUGUGUGGGAUGAGCUGGACGGUUUACACUCUCGGCUCGCGGGGGUCGAGGUGGAGCUCCAGGACGUUGGUGAAGAGAAGCUUCAGGAAGCGCAGGUUCUCACGGAGAGACUGGCUCAGACCCAGCAGCUUCACACACAUCUGACCAAACAGGCCGAGGACAGGACCACCUUCCUCAACAAGAUGCAAGGAUGGCUGAAGGAACAUGAAGAGAUGGUGAAAGGAUCUAAGGUCUGGAUCACUGAAGCUCAGUCUUGGCUCACUGCACCAUGUACCUACACCACAGCUAAAUGCCUGGACAGCCAUGUUAAUGCUUUACAGAUGGUUCUGGAUGAUUCGGAGCAGAUCCGGCAGACUCUGCAGGGCUUUGAGAGUGUGUUGAAGGAAAUGCAGGGUGUGUGUGAUGUCAGUGCACUGCAGCAGGAGCUGAGUGAAGCAGACCAGCGUGUGGCACACAUGCAGCAAAACCUGGUGGAGCCUGUCUCCCAGCUAGAGCAUGCUGCAGCUGAGGUGGACGCCAUGGAGUCUGAGCUGAAGAUCAUGGAGAAGGACGUCGCUGACCUCAGAUCAGCGCUGACCUCAAAAGAGGGCAUCAGCCAGGACAAACUCAAGGCUGCUGAAGGCAGGAUUGAGCUGAUGAAGAGGACGGUAGCUGAACUGCAGAGCUGUAAGGCUGGACUCUGUUUACCUGAAGGAGCAGAAAACACACUCACAGUGUUCAAGAGUGCAGAUUUACUGCUAAAUCAGCUCUUGGAGCUGGAGCAGCUGGUCCUGGAGCACACUGUGGUGAUGGUAGUAGAUCCUCCUGCUGCAGUGUGUGAGAAGCCUGCCCUCAGCGUCCCCCCGACCAUCGCUGAAGAGGAAGCACAGGAGAGUGUUCAGGAGCAGGGUCAGAUUGAGAUCGUGCGUAUGAAGGAAGAUGUGCUGAGUGUAUCAGGAGCCGUGCUGAUGACCGUGGAAGAAACGAGUCCAGAGCAGAGGCUGGGUUGGGUCCCAGAAAACAGCAGCCAGUCCCCAGCUCAAACACAGCUUCCGCUCCACGAGGAAGAAGAGGAGCUGGAGGAGGAGGAAGAGGACAUAUUUUUGGAUGUGAGUGAAGAGGAAGAGUAUAGUGAUUACUGGGAAGACGAUGAAGAGGAGGAGUAUGUGGAUGCUAAAGAAGAAGAUAAAGAUCAUGGACCGUCUUCUUCUGCCCUGGGCUCAAAGACUGUGGGCAAUUGUACCAUGGAGGAUGUAAACAGUGGAGAAGCUGGAGAGUCUGUGGAGCAGGGCGAGACAGUAACAGAUCCUGAGGCUGUAGAACCCGCUGCAGGAGCGAGCGAUGAGGAGGCUGGACCUCGGCCGGCGGCGACCGUGCGAACGCAGUCUCCCUCCAAAGAGCUGGAGCGAAUCGGGCCGGCCGGGCUGAAGACACACACUCUCACACAGGGGGUCUCACACACUCAUGCAGAAGCCAGCAAAGACAUAAAAAACGCCUCAGCUGAAGCUGGAGUGCUGCGUGUGUGUGUGGAGAAGGCUGCAGUGUUGGAGGUGUGUUUGGAGCAGGCCCGGGCCAGCCUGGGUCAGACGGGACGGGCGGCGCUGGACACCAGCAUGCAGCAGAGCAUCGAGAGACAGCUGCAACACUGCCAGGAGAUGUUUGUGGAGCUAGAGCAGAAAGUGUCCGGUGUGUCUGCGGUGAGUGAUGAUGAUGAAGAGCAGCGCGCACUCAGUGCCAAACUACAGCGCCUGAAGAACAACCUGCUCACAUUCCAGCUACUGUUACAGGAGAAAUACGCUGAAGAACAGGUGUAUGCUGGGAAAGAGCGCCCCCUGAAGAGCCGGCUGACACGCAGCUGCAGCGUACAAGAGAUUCUGACCUCAGCCAGAGGCAAACUGUUCAGACAAAGCAGCCUGCAGCAGCAGAGGGAGCUAGAGCAGGGUUUGAGUGAGCAGAGAGAGCUAACUAAAGCCAUCGCAGCCAGAGGACGACUGCACAGCCUGACUGCAGACGACCAUGCAGGGCUCUUUGCUCCAGCACCAGUGGUAGAUGAGGAGCAGAAACACCAGCAGGAGGGGUCAGUGCACAGAAAGUGGACACACCUCCAGCAGAGACUGACCCAGACAGCAGAACCACAGCAAGACGUGGAGGAGAACUCAGAGAGAGGAGAAUCAGCACAGAUAUCUACCCCUUCUGUGUGUGUGUGGAGCAGAGAUGUUGGAGCUAUGUGUCUACAGGAGCUACGAUCACUCAUCACACAACUAAAACAGCUUAGAGAGAAUUCCUCUGAAGAACCAGACGUGCGAGCUGUAGAUGAAGGUCUGUUUGAGGUUCUGAGUGGACUUGGCCUCUCACUUUCUUCUGUAUCUAAUAUGCUCCUCUACCAGCCACGACACAACCAAACCGAUACACACGACCAGCUGCUGCAGUUACAGGAUCUCUCUGCAGAGCUGAGCUCAUUAGGCUCUGAGUUGUCGUUUCAAGGCUCGGAGCUCGUGAGGUCUUUAGGUCCAGGCUCAGCAGCAGCAGGAGCAGUGUGUGAAUGUGUGGAUCUGCUGCAGAAGCGUGUGUGUGAGCUCCAGAACAUGCUCUCUGAGAAGCAGAAGCAGCUCCAGGAGCAGCUGGAACGUACAAUCCACCAUCAGAGGAAGAUUAAAAACAUGCAUGCUUCAUUACUCGCUAACAUCUCGGCCAACUCAACCACUCAGGGAGAAUCUGGAUGUGACCUUCAGACUCAGCUAAAGGCUGUGGUUGAGCUACAACAGGAGCUUCAGCAGAAGGACAGAGAGCUGGAGGAGCUGAGAGAGGAAACAGAGAGUGAGGGGCGAUCAUCAGUGCUCACUCUGGAGAUCAACACGUUAGAGAACCUGUUGGACAGUGUGUGGUGUGGUGUGAGGGAGCACAGUGCUGAUGUGCAGUUCAGGCUGGAGCAGCAGCAACAGUGUGAGUGGCUGAUGAAGAGUCUGCAGGAUCUGCUGGAAAUCGCCAAAGAAAAAUUGACCCGCUCUGCAAACCUCAAGCUGGACAACACACAACAACUCCAAACACACAUCAACAAUCACUCGACGUUCUUUCUGUCUCUGGACGCCCGUCUGCGGUCUCUACAGCAGCUGAGUGGCCGGAUGCAAGACAAGAGGCCUGCAGUAGCAGAACUGGAACAGCAGGUGGACAUCAUACAGCAACAGGCUCUGGACACUGUGACUGCACUGCUAGCUGCUCUGAAGGUCUGGACACAGUGGGAGGAGAACCAGGCCUGGUUAGAGAAGCUCCUACAAGAUCUAGAGACUCAACUUUCUAAGAUACACCUGGGAGAGCAAACAGAGGAGAAGCUACAGGAGUGCCUGUCUUCUUAUGAGAAUUUGCAGGCCGUCCUGGAGAAGAACAGAGCGCAAAUCAGUCUGGUCUUGGAUCAGGGGACCAGAGUACAGAAAGGGGGUGUGGCUGAACCAUGUGUGGGCGUGUCAUCUCAGAUAAUGCACAAAGUAGAAGUAUCUGCCUUGAGGCUGAAGCAGAGACUGGCUGCCCUCCAGAGCAAGCUAGAGCACGGACAAGACUCCGCCCACCAGAUGAAGAAACUAUGGGACAGGUACCAUUGUGAUUCGGCAUCCCUGUGUAAGUGGAUGGACAAAGCCAAGGAACACCUGCACAAUUGGACCGGUCACAUGACCUCACCUAAAACCGACACAGACAAAGCUCUGUUGCACUACAAGGAGUUUAUAGAGCUAAGUAAGGAACUGGAAGUGAAAUCAGCUUUGAAGGCCUCAGUGAUCAGCUCUGGAACAGCAAUAAUACAGCUGAGUGAAAGAGAACAACAAACACAUGGGCUAGCUGAUGAUUCCUUGGACACUGGACUCUUAAAUGAUGACCUUCAGUCAAAAGAGAAUGGCACUGGUGCCAUUAACAAGAGUAAUACCAACCCUGAUGUAGUUUCUGUGAUGGAAACAGUCACAGAAAAUGAUGCACCCACUUCCUCCACUACCAAAACAGCUCUCAGUUCCCAGGAAAUGGAUCUGUCUCCUGGAUCUAAAGAUGUGGUCCACGAUAAAUCUCCCAUACAUACUCCAGCAGGGGACAGCAUUAGUUCCUCCAGUGUUUCUCAGGCCUGUAGGACUUUCUCACAUUCCUUUAAAGGGUCAGUGGGUGGAGAUACUCCUGUCCAAUCAAUUUCCAGCCCCACUGCACUGUCUCCUGUCCUGCUGUCACUGCAGGGUCAGCUCACUCAGGUAGAACUGGGCUGGAUGGAGAUCUACUCAGGUGUUCCAGCUGCACAGCAACAACUACAUCAGUGUGUGAUGGACAGGUUGAGCCCUCAGGACCUGUUGACCCGUGUGAGUGGCUGGAUCAGUGCUGCCGGACGCAGGCUGGACAAGGCCGAGAGAGCUGCCCGCUCCUCCAGCACCACAGCUCAGCUCAGAACACUCCUCAACACUUACAAGUUGCUUAGGAGAGAGCAGGAGUGUGAGCAGUGUUCAGUGGACUUCCUGAACCACUCUGUGCUGAAGCAGACUAACCCCGACUCACACAGAUACAAGCACACCGCCUUCGCCGAGCAGCUGGGGGAGCUCAACUUCCGCUGGCUCACAGUACAAUUUCAAAUCAACAUACAGUUGCAGCAGACUGAGCAGAAGUUGAGGGAGUGUGCAGACAGAGAAGGCAAACUGCAGCUGCUGCAGCUGUGGGUCAAAGGUCGUGAGGAGUGGAUGCGAUUGGCUAGGAGGCCUGUCAGCUGCUCCGUGGCAGAAAGUGGCCUGAAGGAGUGUGAGGAACUGGAGGACAAGCUGAAGACUCGGUCUGCUGAGCUGAGAGAGCUGAGGAAGAGGAGGCUGAGUGGUGAUGAAGAAGAGCAGAGGGAUUCAGACUUCAGCAGACAGAUUCAGAGUGUCGACCAGUCAUUAGCGGAACUGGCUCAACAGAACAACACUCUGAAGCAGGAUCUGAAGCAGGUGUGCAGCCUGUGGUCUCAGUUUGACAGUGGGAGGAGUCUAGCAGAUCUCAGAACCCUGAGGGUCUCCCAAUCACUGGAGCAUUGCCGUGUCCCCCACACCUCCGUCACAGCUCUGGAGAAAAGCAGUGAUAAGCUACAGACACUGCAAGCUGAAGCUGAGGAGAUUGACAGGCAGUGGGAGGAGCUAGAUCAUACUUUGUCCUCAAUCACUGGUGGGAUCCACACAGGCACCUCCCAGUUAUUAUCGGAGCAGCAGAAAAAAGACAAAGCACGCUGGUUCGAAGUGAAGCAGAAUCUCACACACACCUCUCUGCAGUCACACACCCUUCUGGAAGCCUGGAGACAGUUCUCAGCUCUGUCAGAACCCUGUACCCAGAAGCUCCAGCUGUACAGAGAGCAGUUCUCCUCGCUGUCACACACUGCAUCUGAACCUGAGAGCAACAUUGACACACUCUCAGCCUGUGUACAGCAGCUACAUGAGUUGCUAAAGAAGACUAACAGUCUCCAAACUGACCUGGACCUAGUGCAUGAAGCCUCCAAAGAUCUGGUUGGUCAGAUGGAGCCUGGCGCAGCGGCGUUUGUCCAGUCUGAGUGUCGACUCUUGACGCGUGGUUGUCUCCAGCUUGAGGAGGCCCUGAACGUAAAGCUUGGAGAAAUUAAAGAGGAUCUCAAACAGCUUCAGGAAUUUGAGCAGCUGCUGGAUUCACUGGAAGCUCAGUUAGAAGACUGGAGGAAUAACCAAAGUGAACACGCUGAUACUCAACACACAGAUAUCACUAAGUCGGGUUUGCUGGAGUUGAGCUCUCACUCUGCUGAUCUUGAGCUCCUCAAUGGACUGAGCUACAGGCUGACCCUCAGUGACACCACGACCCACCGGUUACAGAACCUGAACAAGCAGUGGGCUCAGGCCUCCGCUCAUGCUCAGGAGAAAUGCAGUGAGCUGCAGGCAUCCUCUCUCCAGCAGCAGGAUUUUGAGCAGCGGUGUGAGAGCUGGAUGGUGUUUCUGCAGAGGAUGGAGGACAACCUGGCUGUAGAAAUCUCACCCACGUACCCUCAGCUCCGACAGCAGCUCCGCACACACCAGCGUUUCCAGGCUGAGUUGUCUUUAGGUCAUCAGAUUCUGCACUCAGUCAUCACUGAGGCUCUGCUCCUAUUACACAGAGACGAGGUGGAUGAUAGGAGUGAUUUCCUGCUGAAGUUGGCUCAGCUGAGGGAACACUGGCAGGGUGCGGUGCAGAGAGCUGCUCAGCGGCGCUCCCUAGUGGAGGGGCUGGUACAGCACUGGCACCUGUACACACACACACUGCGCAAACUCCGCAAACUGCUCACACACACUCACACACUCCUGCCACCAGCGGGACCCACACACUACAACAUCCUGCAGCUCCGCCUCUCUCUACAGGACAUGAAGCGUGCUCAGCUGCUGUUCUGCAGGUCAGUGUCCUGCUACCUGCUGCUACUGGACGUAGGCCGCCAGCUCUUCUCUGUGAGUGAUGAGGUCACUCAGGUCCAGCUGCAGACCGACCUCGCCGCCCUGCAGGACGACUGGGAGAGCUCCCAGUGCACACUGGAAAAGAGGAGGACCCUCACUGCUGACAUCAUAAAGAACUGGGAGAGCUGUGUAGCGGGACUAGCCAGCCAUGCUCAACGUCUGGAAGAACUGAAGGCCAGAUUAAACCUGCCAAUCCAAGAGAUGGAGGACGAGCAUCAGUUUAUUAAGGAGGUUCAGGACUCUCUGGACGACUGGGCAGUGAGUCUGUCCGAACUCGGCACCAUGAAGACGGACCUUUCCCAGUACAUCAUCACCGAGGACGUUCUGCUGCUGCAGGAACAGGUGGACCAUCUGCACUGCCAGUGGGAGGAACUCUGCCUAAAAGUAUCUCUGCGUAAACAGGAGAUUGCUGACCGGCUGAAUGCGUGGAUAAUCUUUAACGAGAAGAACAGGGAGCUGUGUGAAUGGCUCACUCACAUGGAGAACAAAGUGGCUCACAGCGCCGAGCUCAGCAUUGAGGAGAUGGUGGAGAAGCUGAAGAAGGGCUGCAUGGAGGAGAUUAACUUGUUCAGUGAGAAUAAGACUCAUCUGAAGCAGUUGGGAGAGCAGCUCAUCAGCGCCAGCAAUAAGACCAAGGAGACGGAGGUCAACGACAAGAUCAAGGACAUCAGUGACCGCUGGCAGCACCUGUUUGACCACAUCGAGGCCAGGGUGAGGAAGCUGAAGGAGACGCUGGUGAUGGUGCAGCAGCUGGAUAAGAACAUGAGUAACCUGCGGACGUGGCUGUCCCGGAUCGAGGGGGAGCUUUCCAAACCCGUUGUCUACAGCAUCUGCCAUGGUGACGAAAUCCAGCGCAAACUGGCUGAACAACAGGAACUGCAGAGGGACAUCGAGCAGCACACAGAGGGCGUGGCCUCAGUGCUAACACUGUGUGAUGUGUUGCUGCACGACGCAGACGCGUGCGGCAGUGAUGUGGAGAACGACUCCAUCCAGCAGACCACCCGCAGCCUGGACCGCCGCUGGAGAAACAUCUGCGCCAUGUCCAUGGAGAGGAGGAUGAGGAUUGAGGAGACGUGGCGUCUGUGGCGCAAGUUUCUGGAAGACUACUCUCGUUUUGAGGUCUGGUUGACCACAGCCGAGCAGACGGCAGCUAACCCGGCCAGCACGGACGUCCUCUACACCUGCGCCAAAGAGGAGCUCAAGAAGUUUGAGGCGUUUCAGAGGCAGGUGCAUGAGCGCCUGACGCAGCUGGAGCUGGUGAAUAAGCAGUACCGGCGUCUGGCCCGAGAGAACCGCACCGACACCUCCAACAAACUGAAGACCAUGGUGAACGAGGGGAACCAGCGGUGGGACACCCUGCAGAGGAGAGUGACCGCCGUGCUCCGCAGACUGAAGCACUUCACAUCCCAGAGGGAGGAGUUUGAGGGAACGCGGGAGGCCAUUCUGGUGUGGCUGACAGAGAUGGACCUGCAGCUCACUAACGUCGAGCACUUCUCAGAGAGCGACAUCCACGACAAGAUGAGGCAGCUCAACGCGUUUCAGCAGGAGAUCACUCUGAACACCAAUAAGAUCGACGCUCUGAUCGUGUUCGGGGAGAAUCUGAUCCAGAAGAGUUCUCCUCUAGAUGCUGUGCUGAUAGAGGACGAGCUGGAGGAGCUGCACUCCUACUGUCAGGAAGUGUUCGGCAGAGUGGCCCGAUUCCACCACCGCCUCAUUAACAGACGCCCGGUCCUGGAUGAUGAUCAUGAUUUCUCAGACCGAGACACAGAUGUGGAGGACUCGUUGGAGCUUGGGUCAGUGUGGGCGGAGGAAGAGGACCUGGUGGACGUUGGGAUGUCCACUCCUGUGGAGCAGUCGGUUCACGACCUCCUUCCACCCCUGCUGGAGCCGUCGGGCCGCGAGACACCGGUCAGUGUGAACUCUAUACCGCUGGAAUGGGACCACACUGUGGAUGUGGGUGGAUCUUCAUCGCCUGAGGAUGAGGAUGAGGAGGAUGUCACAUACUACAGUGCACUAUCAGACGUUGAGGUCACUGAAAGCUCUGAGUCAUUUAUUAAAGCCACGGCUCAAGCUCUGAGUGCUGCGUCCGUAGGAAGGUCGAUGACUGAUCCCUCCUGCUGGCAUUCGCCACCGCCCCCCUCAGAGAGGAAACGCAUCAUCCACAGCCUGAGCUCAUCUCCUGUACACAACAGCACCUCCUACCAUCCACAGGGCUAUGUUAAGCUAAUGUCGGAGUGCACGGAGAGCAUAGAUAACGUGAAGCGAGUCAAGCUGAUCCUGGAUGAUGAUGAGCUGCUGGAGGAACAGGGUCUGACCAUGCUGUCUUCAGUAGACAAACAGACUGGUGUGAUCGAGCGCUGGGAGCUCCUGCAGGCCCAGGAGGCUGCUGACCUACAGCAGUGGCACAAGCUGACCACUGACCUCAUUGAAGUCACAGCCUGGCUGGACGGUGUGCUUCCAGAACUGGAGACACUGCGGAGAGCUGAAGCAUCCAGCAGCAUCAGAGACAUGGAGACAAGCAUCCACAAGCUGAAGGAGAUGCAGAGAACCUUCAAUAUCUACAAGUCUCUAAUGAUCGGAGUGAAUCUGAGUGGACAGGACAUCCAGCGAGGAGACAGGGCGGAGCUUCAGGAACUGAGUGCGGGACUGCAUGCUACCAAUCAGAAAUGGACGCAUGCCUGCGCUGUUCUGGACAGUUGGCAAUACCAGCUGCAUAAUGCACUCCUGCAGUGUCAGGAGUUUCACGAGACGCUGCACUCUCUACUGCUGUGGCUGGCUCGGGCCGAGAGCCAGCGCUACAUGGUCAACAUCCAUGACCUCAACGUAGACACCAACAUACUGGAGGAGCACAGAGAUGCACUAAAGGAUCUCCAGCAGGAGCUCCGUGGUCGGGAGCAGGAGGUGCUCUCUCUGCAGGAAAUGUCUGCUCACAUCCUGCAGCUGGACCAGGGGGAGGACAGCCUGGAGGCCAAAGAGAAGGUGCACGUCAUCAGCAAUAAGCUCCGCCUCCUCCUCAGACAGGUGGCCCAAGAUCUGGGCCUGCUGCAGGAUAGACUGGACUGUGAGGGUUCAUCAGUGGACGGUGGAGAAGGGAGGAGCACAGCAGGCGUCUCUGCGCUACAACACAAGCAGGAGUCAAGGACAGCUAAAAGGGGAGCUUCUGAAACUGCAAGGCCAGAGAGGAAAGAGGCAUCCCCCAGCAGGCCUUUCCUGUACCGGGUUCUGAGGGCAGCGUUCCCCCUGCACCUGCUCUUCCUGAUGCUGCUGGUUCUGGCCUGCCUGGUUCCUCUGUCUGAGGACGACUACAGCUGCGCCCUCUCCAAUAACUUCGCCCGGUCCUUCUACCCCAUGCUGCGCUACAUCAACGGCCCCCCGCCUACAUGAGAACCGGGGCGUCGGCCUUUAUCACUCCUGGAUGGAUUGUUCCAUCAGUGCUGAAGAGGAACUGGAGGUACCAAAGGCUUUCUGAAAGCAUGGGAUGAGCGUUUGUACCAUCUCACUCUUUGUAUCUCACUCAUCUUCUGCUUUGUUCUGAGUUACUCCAGUCCUGGAAUUAAUCUUCUGCUGUGGAUUAUUACAUUUAUGGACAUUUUUGGCAGGAGGGGAAGAAAAUAAGCAGCUAGAAAAGCAAGAAAAUGGCAGAUAAAGGAGUACUACUGGUAGAUGAGAAGACUGGAACCCAAGCCUGGAUUUCUACUGCUGAGAAAAACAUGGACAAAUCUUCGUUACACCAGCAAACUCAUCACUGAAUGCACUGGAAAAAAGCUGGACUCUGAAAAAAAGCUGUUUUUUUUUUUUUUACAUAUUGACCUAGAAACUCCACACUGUGUGCAAUUACGUUGUUUUUAUAAAAAAAAAAAACCUGUAGCAAGUUGACCUGCCAUGCCCCACCCCUCCAUCACUGAUGUAGAGCACAGAGGAGAACAGGGGAAUAAGUGCACUGUGCUGUUCUGUGAUUGGUUUCAGGCCUUUAUCACUUAUUUCUGGAAAAAAUGCAGAGGGCACCACGUUCACUGUAUUUAUGAAAUACAGGAAGAUUAAGUCAAAACAAGUUUAAAAUUUAAAUGAAUUAUAUAUUUUAAUUAUUAUUUCAAAACUGUUUGAAUUAUUGACUGAACUUGUUGGUUUGUUAGGUUUUUAUUUAUUUAAUCGUUUUGUUUUCUGGUCAGAAAUUUACAGAAUAGAAGCUGUGUUGAUGUUCCCCUGCAGCUAUUUUAACCUACAGGAGGAUGAUGGGAAGGAUGGAUUUAAUUUAUUCCCACUGCAAGAAUGUACUUGGGUGUGUAUGUGUGUGUGUGUGUGUGUGUGUGUGUGUGUGUGUAUAUACGCAGGUGCAUCUCAAAUAUAUUAGAAUAUCACUGAAAAGUUUUAUUUACUUUAUUUCAGUAAUUCAGUUCAAAAUGUGAAACUCAUAUAUUAUAUAUUUUAUAUAGAUGUAUCACACACAGAGUGAUCUAUAAUCUUUAAGCUUUUAUUUCUUUUAUUGUUGAUGAUUAUGGCUUACAGCCAAUACAUUUUGAACUGAAUUACUAAAAAAAAAAGUAACUUUUCAAUGAUAUUAAAUUUUUUAUAUGUAUAUUUGUCAUUUUUCAAUAUAGAAUGUAUACAACACUAUCAGAGCAGGAAUGUCCUUAAUGUUGCAUGAGAAUUCAGCGCCGUAAACCAAGGAAUGUUCGUUCUCACCAAAUCCUAUGUCCAUAAAAAAACAAAUUUAACACCUUUUAACAGAUAAAAGAGGGAUUUCUUUUACUCUUAUCGUCAUUACCACAAUUUGUUGACAUACCUUUAUCGUUUAUCAUUAACUAUAUUUACACUAUUUAUUUAUUUUUGCUUUUUUAUGAAGGUAAAAACAGAAAGUGCUCCUUUAGGUGUAAGCUCUAAGAAAGAGAAGCAAAAAAACGAAAUAUUCUCAUUUAAAAGUGAACCACAGCUUUCGUGUGUUGCAAUAAUGAGAAUAUUAAUACUAUUUUAUCUACAUUUAAUGAAUUAUAUGUUUUAAUUUAUAUUAUUAUUUAAUUACAUGUUUAAUUCAGUGACAAAACACAGAUUAUUCAUAUCAGUGAGAAAAUAAGUUAUUUUUAAAAUUAAAAUUCGGGUCAAUUAAAAAUAUAUAUAUAUCAAUUUUGCGUCAGUUAAAUUCUUCAUCUAGGCAUCACCGUCAUCUGAAAGCCAUCCGCCUCCUUUUUUAUCUCCCGGCAUCAAAUCAGACCACUAAAACUCCAUCUAAGCUGCAGCUACACAAGUAAUAAAGUCAAAUCAAGGUUGCCACAACCUUAAUAUAUUUUAAAUAAUUGUAUAUUUAUUGUGUAUUUAUUAAGCUCCUCCUGUCAGUGGUCACAGAAAUAAAUCUAUAAACGUGUUGAAGUGAAUCAUGCACUGCCACCUAGAGCCAUAGUACAGACAACGAGCGCUAAGAAUAAGAGUGUGUACAGUUUGUGCUUUUAUUUUUGUGUAUUUAUGGGAUGAUGUAAAGUUUAAAGCCAAUUUUUACAAAAAUAAAUUAAGAAAUAAAUAAAUAAAAAUGUUUGCCAAGACAA